CGUCACUCUGCCUGCCAUUCUCUGGCCAGACAGCUGUUUUGUCAAGUACACUAACUAGAAACUAUGAAGGCUUACUUGCUUCUUCUUGCAUUACUGCCUCUCUGCACAGGGCGGGAGUAUUAUAUUGAGUGUCAUGGAGAAGACUUUCUCAUGGUGAGAAACCAGCUGCUGCAGUGCUCAGCUAGCGUCAAACAAGCCUGCUACACCCGGGACUCUGGAGAGAAAGGCUGCACCCGGCUGGACUUCUGCAAGCUGCCUGGCUGGACUUGCUGCGACGAAGACCGCUGCAAUGUCUGAGGGGCUCAAUAGACCUUCUUCCUUAUCUGUUCCUUCUAACAGAACUCUUGACUGUAAUGUAGAGAGGUUUCUGUUCAACUCUGUGGUUUUCAAUACUCAUCAAGUUAUGUGAAAUAAAAAUAUUCCGCAAGUUU